CAAACUCUCUCCAUACCGGACAUCUCGUCUCAUCAACGACAAGUUCUGGCAUCCUGUCAUAAGCCCUGUGAUUCGGCCUAUUACACUUCUGCAACACUCUCAUUCCCUCCAUAACUUUCAAACUAUGGCUGGACCAACUAAGUCACAAAGCAUUUUGGAUAAUGCACGUAUAGCUCCUGAAAUAUAUGAGCUACGCCCAGACUACCGAGCUCUUCUUAUGGUAGUCGAAGGCAUCCCCCCAGGACCUAGCGAUGCAACUAGUGAGGCGAUGUUGAGGGAAGCAGAAGAACAUGUCAAGAGCCUCACGUCGUCUCAGUCCGUCAUUGAGCUCCCUCAUAUUGCAGCCUGGCGCGAGGCUUACAAGGCCUUUGGCGCCAAGCCCCAGCGCACUCGUAACAGCCUGGAAGCCCUGACACUUCGUGUUGAUAAGGGCGGUCUGCCGCGCGUCAACCGAUUGACAGACAUAUACAAUGCGAUAUCUGUCAAACAUCAGAUCCCCUUUGGUGGUGAGGAUCUGGAUAAAUAUAAUGGCGCGCCUUUCCUGAUCCGCGCUACUGGAAAGGAAGAAUUCCACACUACGUCUAGUGGCCAGCCAGCGACGGAGCUAGCAGCCCCUGGAGAACCUAUCUGGUGUGACAGCACUGGCAUUACCUGUCGGCGAUGGAACUGGCGACAAGGUCCACGGACGGCGCUGACGAACGAGAGCACCCGUGUUCUCUUUAUUCUGGAUGCUCUAAAUCCACUUUCCAAUGAAGAGCUUGUUGGGUCUGCUGAAGAACUUGUCGGUGCACUCAAGGUGCUGGCUCCGGAAGUGACCACAUCUUAUCGAAUCCUCAGCCGUCCUGAACAGGCCAGUUAAGCUAGUUCUAAUCGAUAUGGCAACUGAGAGCUAUGGUAUCAUUCACCCUCUCAUAUUCUCUGUGUUCUUUUGUCAUACUUGUUCACACUAGCCAAGAUCCAAAAAUUUGGAGGUUGGCAGAAGCCACUGGCGCCUGGUAAUCACUUUCAUUUGCGAAUAGCAAGUGCCAUUAAUCAAUGGCAGCAAAGACUGUAUGUCAAAUUGACCUUGGCUGCAUUUUGCUCUCAAUUGAUAAAGGCCUUUCACUUAGUUUACUAGAGUCAUCAAACGUGGGCCUUGUAGACUUCACUAUUCAAGCUGUCAGUCGCUACAAUUAUGUCAAUACACAUUCUGCUAGAAUCCA